AUGAGAAGACUUCGAAUAGCACGCUGGUACCGUCGAGAACAAAGAUGUGAGGAGAAUGUUGAAGUGGAACAAGAAAACGUCGCUAGCGGCGAGAGGAGCAGAACAAAUGACAUUUCCCGGUUAUUUUCACGUUUAGGACGUAAAACUGGGUGGAGAGCGAACACUUCCAACAAUCAAAAGCAGGAGCGUCCAGAAAGUGCUCUCGGAUGGAUGAGAAAUACGAUUAGGAGCUGCCGUCCCGUCCUCCGUAGUGAGAGACCUCUGGAAGAACGGUGGGCGCCCAACAGUAGCCUGGAGCAGAGUCGAACCUUUGAGCCUUACAAGAUACUGGAGGAGUCCUUUGCGACUGAAGACCUCAGCGGGGCCAGUGAUAUUAUAGAUAUACAGUUUAUCAUAUCGGACAACCUUUUGACUGAGGCAUGGACCGUCACCAAGGAACCGACACCUAUGGCGGAGGGCCAGGGUGCCCGAUUAAUCAGACCCCGAGCACGAAGAUUACGUGAGAUAAGUAGCGUUAACUGGCGUUCGGCUGGGCAGGGGGUGAGGGAGAGCGUGGGGACACAAGGAGACCUUGAGUCGCACUCUUUAACCACUACCGAAUUCAUGCCUUCAUACCAAGGCCCAGAGAGAAUAGAAAGCCCCGACGAAGACGCUCAGGAGCGCCUAUCCCCAACUUUCAGAUCCAUUCAGUCCUGUAAUCCACGGCCACGUCCAAGAUGUUCAACUCGUCCUUUGGAUGCCUCAACAACUCCUAUGCGAUCUUAUCACCCCAUGUAUGAGCCCGCACAAAGACCACACAUAUGCAGACGUUCGAAAGCUCUGAGAGCUCCGAUUAGCCCAAUUUCACGGGAGAAACACCAUUGGCAUCACUACAGCCCCACUCAAGUCCGCAAAACUGCCCGACUGUGUAGAGCAGAACCACUGUCAAGUCCCAAGUGCCGCAACAAGCAACUUAGAUCCCCAGUUUACAUCAAAUUUCAGUCCAACAAAAACGCCGGCAUAAACCCUGAAACAGUCAUCGAAUAUACUCAAAGCACGUCUAGAGCACACGCAGUGGCUCAGGUGAAAUGCUUGCAGAAGGCCUACACGGCCGCAACGGUCAAUGGAAUUUGCUACGCUGUGUGCCGAGGCAAACGCAGGUUGCAAGCGGAAAGACGGUGCCUUUCUAUGGCAACCCUGGAUCGAAAGCACAGACGCUCAUUCAAGCGGUCGCCUGCGCUAGCCCUUCCCCUUUUUGUUCCCGAUUGGCAAAUGAGCUCCACAGAGACCGAUACCUGUGACCCCCUGGUGCCCUCCUCAUCCCACGGGACCUCAGGGAAGGCCUGCCUCUACGUUGAAAAGUAUACUCAGUAUGAGGAUAUCAAGAUGCAGGGGGAUGGCAGUCGUUCGUACUCCCAGUUGGUAGAAAUUAAAGUUGGAGAUAAAAGACCACAGAGGGGUCACAAGUGCACCCUGGGAAGGGCGCCUGCCAGUGGGGUCAAAAGACAGAAUCAAGCUACUUCUUACAAUGAGGCAGAUUCAGCCCUCGAGCCUGUCAAAUCAGGUCAGGAAAUGCACAGAAGCGUCUACUGGAUGUACGUCCCACUAAAACCGGUCGAUAGCCAGCACAGUUUGGAGUGUAGAUGCAGGCGGGACCUUCAGGUUUGCACUUGCACUGCGGAUUGUGAGAAGACACAAACCUGUGAAGCGAGACUGUGGGUAUUAGAGGAUUUAGGAGGGCCUGCGUACGUGCGUGGAGUAGCAGCCGAUCUUCGUGCUCAGGCCAAUCCGUUUUAG